UAUCACUUUUUGGUUACAUGCCAUGCACAAAACAUUGGUACCUGCCUUUAUACGCUGGCCCAAACAAGAAAAUGUUAGGAAGACUAUGCCUCUAUGUUUCCGUGACCGCUUUUACCGUUGCAUUUGCGUAAUUGAUUGUUUUGAGAUAUUUCUUGAUAGACCCACUAAAAUUAAAGAACGAGCGUCAACGUUUUCUACUUACAAAUCACACAACACCGUAAAAUUUCUUAUCGCUAUUACACCUCAAGGAUACAUAUCUUAUGUGUCAAAAGCGUAUGGUGGAAGAAUAAGCGAUAAGUUCAUUGUAGAAGACUGUGAAUUCCUUGACAAACUUAUUUUGAGAGAUAUAGUUCUAGCUGAUCGCGGCUUUACAGUUCAUGAAGCUGUUUCGCUACAAAAUGCAGAACUUAAAAUACCAUCAUUCCUUGGCAAGAGGAAUCAGUUAACCAACUUAGAAGUUGAAAUGUCAAGAGAUUUGGCUCGUGUGCGUAUUCAUGUUGAAAGGAUAAUUGGUGCCAUCAAACAAAGGUACUCCAUUCUUCAUUGUACUUUGAACCAUCAAUGCACUGAUCUAAGUGGAACUGAUGAAGAACGUAUUUCUAUUAUUGAUCAAAUGGUAAAUGUAGCUUGUGCUCUUUACAAUGCUUGUCCCUCUGUAGUCCCUAUUAUUUAACAAUGUCAUGUGACAAUGUGAUGGAAGUUUCGAAGUAGAAAUUUGUGGAUGUGAAGUUGUGAGUUUGCUAAUACAAUUAACAACAGCA